AUGAACGGUCAUAAAUCCAGUGCUGCAAAUUUAUUACUACGCCAAUACCGAGAAUUAACAGAUCCUCGUAAGGCCAUCCCAUCCUUCCAUAUUGAAUUAGAAGAUGAAUCCAACCUAUUCAUUUGGAACAUCGGUGUUAUGGUACUAAACGAGGAUUCUAUCUAUCAUGGUGGUUACUUCAAAUCACAAAUGAGGUUCCCUGAAGAUUUUCCAUUUUCUCCUCCACAAUUCCGUUUCACCCCAGCAAUCUAUCAUCCAAACGUUUAUCGUGAUGGUAGAUUAUGUAUCUCAAUCCUACAUCAGUCAGGUGAUCCAACCACUGAUGAGCCUGAUGCUGAAACUUGGUCUCCUGUGCAAACCGUUGAAAGUGUUUUAAUUUCAAUCGUUUCUUUAUUGGAGGAUCCAAACAUUUCUUCACCAGCUAACGUUGAUGCUGCUGUAGAUUAUAGAAAAAACCCUGAACAAUAUAAACAAAGAAUUAAAAUGGAGGUAGAAAGAUCAAAACAAGAUAUCCCAGAAGGGUUUAUAAUGCCAACCUAUGAAACUGCUUACCUAUCAAACAGUAAUAAUAAUAACAACGACCAAAACGGUUCUCGAUCUACAAAUAGUAAUAACAAUGGCGCCAUUGGAGAUGAUAAUGAUAUAACUAGCAACAAUAAUCGUAAUAAUACAAAUAAUAACAACAACAAUAAUAAUAAUAGGGACAUAGCAGAUAACUUCUGGUAUGAUUCAGAUAUGGAUGACGAUAUGGGAAUAGUAAUGGGUGAAGGUGAUGAUUAUAUACAGUUUGAUGAAGAAGAAGAUGAAGAAGAUGGUGAUGCUCAAUAUGAUUAUGAUGAAGAAGAUAGCAUUGAAUUUGAAGAUGACGAUCAAGACGACGACGAAAGUAUGGAUAAUGAUUCCGUAAUGGAUAGAAAGCAACCACGCAAACCAGCUGCUGAUGACGAAGAUGUAGAAGAAAUUCAGGAAGUUGAAAAAUUAGGAAAGAAAUAA